GAAAUAACCAUAAUUGGACUAUUUAUCAUUAUCACGUGUAGUGUUUUUCUAAAUCUAAAAACAAAAAAAAAGAAAUAAAAUAAGUGAAGUUUUUGUUUUUUAAAGUUGCUUAAAAGACUAUGGGGGCUUUAGCUGAAUUAGCUGGAGAUGAAAACAAUGGAGAAAGCUCUAGGACAUUUGUUUUUGAAAAUGAGAAUCAUACAUUAGGCAAUUCACUGAAAUUUAUUAUUAGUAGAUACCCCGAUGUUAAGUUUUGCGGAUACACAAUACCCCAUCCAGCAGAAAAUAAAAUGCAUUUUCGAAUUCAAGCAACAAACAAAAAUACAAGAGCAAUAGAUAUUUUGAAAAGAGGACUGGAGGACUUGGAAAAAGUUUGUGAUCACACCAUAGAAGUUUUUGAAAAGGAAAUGAAUCAGUUUUCUUCAAAUACAUAGAAUUCUUAAAACAAGUUUUUAAGAGGUUUUAGGAUUAUUUAUUUUUGUCAUUUAAGUUAUAAAAUAAUAAAAAAAUUAUGCUUACAUUUACUACAUUUACGUUAA